AUGCGUCCGCAAGUGUUCAUGCUAACAUUCGCUGGUCUCCAGGUGGCUGCCAUGGCCGCCGUCGGUGACAAGUGUGAGACGGAGUACGACUGUAGUACAUCGUGGCCGCGACAGGAGUGCUGUAGGAAGGACGGCCAGACCUGGUCCAUCUAUUGGUACAACCACGACUUCUCCCAGCCCCUUGAGCAGGGCUCGUGCGGCGGGUUGGGUCAGGAGGGGGAGGUGUGCUGGACGGAAAUGUCCUACGACUCCUGCCAGUGCGCGGACGGGCUGUCCUGCCAGCCUGCCCCGGAGCAGCCAGACGCCGACCCGGGACAGUUCCCGCUGCACAUCCACACAUGCCAGACCGCGCCGGAGUACCCGCAGUGGGGCUGAUCCAAAAACAACACCGGGAACUACAUGUAUCAUUUCAUGCUACAGUAUAUAACAGUACAGUAUGAGCUGUGGUAUGGAUCUGAAAUGUGGUCGGUGUUUCAAAAUGGAA